AAUUCAGCAACCAAAUAGUUCCUGCAGACGGGGACAAAGAAUCAGCCGGACGACUAGAACCAGCUGAUUCACCUCCCAACGACACGUCCGGAAAAUGUUGCGCUACGCUGCCACGCGUCAGCGAAAUCUCUCACACACUCAGCAUUUCAGUUGGCGCUUUCCCGGAAAAGCCGGCCAGCUCGACAGAGUCUCGUUGCUAUGCUGCCAGGAUCUCCAUCUUCAACACACCCAGUGUUUCCCCUUUUUGUUCAAGGGGGUAUAUACGCUCGAGCUUCAGCAAUCAACAACGUUAAUUUCGUCGGAGAAGAAUGCUCGCCGUCCUAUAUUACGUCCAGAACCUUGGAACUAGCAGCAGCCACGAGCAUGUGGUGCCCAUUACCGUCUUCGUUGCCGUCCUCUGCUUCUGUUUAGUGGUCGGCCAUUUGCUUGAAGAAAAUCGAUGGGUCAACGAGUCCAUUACCGCCAUCUUCAUCGGGUGUGUGUCGGGGACAGUGAUUUUGUUGAUCAGCAGGGGGAAAAAUUCUCACAUUCUGAGAUUUAGUGAAGAACUGUUCUUUAUAUAUCUUCUUCCACCGAUAAUAUUCAAUGCGGGAUUCCAGGUCAAGAAGAAACAAUUCUUCCAGAAUUUCCUAACUAUAAUGCUGUUUGGAGUUGUUGGGGUUUUCAUAUCAACUUGCAUCAUUACUGCAGGCAGCCGGUUUCUGUUUCCGAAGCUCAGUAUUAGUGAUCUGACUGUUCGAGACUACCUUGCUAUUGGUACCAUAUUUUCGUCAACAGACACGGUUUGUACAUUGCAGGUAUUGCAUCAAGAAGAGACCCCCCUGCUGUAUAGCCUUGUGUUUGGGGAGGGAGUAGUCAAUGAUGCCACAUCAGUUGUCCUCUUCAAUGCAGUGCAGAAGAUUAAUGGAAGUACACUUGAAGGGCGGGCUUUGGCCAGAGUCCUCCUUGACUUUUUGUACCUUUUCUCCACAAGCACUGCACUUGGUGUUGGUGUUGGACUGUUGACGUCAUACAUUCUGAAGGUUUUUUACUUUGGGAGACAUUCCACUGUUCGUGAAAUAGCUCUCAUGGUUUUAAUGGCAUAUCUAUCCUACAUGUUGGCUGAGCUGUUCAGCCUCAGUGGGAUUUUGACUGUGUUCUUUUGUGGAGUUCUUAUGUCUCACUAUACAUGGCACAAUGUUACUGAAGGUUCGAGAAUUACCACCAGGCAUGUAUUUGCGACUCUGUCUUUCAUUGCGGAAACAUUCAUAUUUUUGUAUGUUGGAAUGGAUGCUCUGGACAUUGAAAAGUGGAAAAUCAGCAAAUUGAGUGUUUGGAAGACGAUGGGUGUAUCUGGCGCUGUCCUCCUACUGAUACUAGUAGCACGUGCAGCUUUUGUAUUCCCCCUCUCAGCUCUUUCCAACUGCAUGAACCGGAACAGAACAAGGUCAUCAUCAAUAACAAUGAAGCAUCAGGUAGUAAUUUGUUGGGCCGGGCUGAUGAGGGGAGCUGUAUCUAUUGCCUUGGCAUUCAAGCAGUUUACUCACUCUGGCGUCACACUUGAUCCCACCUAUGCAACUAUGGUCACAACAACCAUCAUCGUAGUGCUAUUCAGCACAAUAGUAUUUGGUUUUUUGACAAAACCACUUGUACAUUAUCUGCUCCCUCAUCAUGACAGCAGCGGCAUCGACCGAGAACCAAGCAUCUCAAAGGAAGAUAUGAGGCUUCCGUUACUUUCAUUUGAAGAAUCAGCAACAACCAAUAUUCUCCGUGCAAAGGAUAGUUUGUCUAUGCUCAUCGAGAGACCGAUCUAUACUAUCCAUUCGUAUUGGAGGAAAUUCGAUGA